CCUUCGCUCGGCUUUUGUAAGCACUGCGCCAAGGCAGGAGGCUGGGAACUGCUUCCGGGUCGGAGCCGGCGCGAUGGCGGCUGACACGCAGGUUUCUGAAACACUGAAGCGCUUUGCUGUGAAAGUGACCACAUCUAGUGUGAAAGAGCGGAGAGAGAUCCUCCAUGAACUCGGAAGAUGCAUCACUGGAAAAGACCUGCCAGAAGGCGCAGUUAAAGGUCUCUGUAAACUGUUCUGCCUCACUUUGCAUCGAUACAGAGAUGCAGCGUCCCACCGAGCCCUUCAAGUCGCACUGCAGCAGCUCGCCGAAUGCCAGCCAGAAGCCACGGCAAAGAACCUUUUGCACUCCCUACAAUCUUCAGGAAUCAGCAGCAAGUCUUCUGGGCCCAGCAAGAGCAGCGGUUCUGCAGCUUUGCUGGCUCUCUCAUGGACCUGUUUGCUUGUUCGCAUUGUCUUCCCCGCACGUGACAAGAGGCAAGGAGAAACAUGGGAAAAACUGGUGGAAGUUCAGUGCUUGCUUCUGGUGGAAGUUCUGGGUGCUUCCCGCAAGCCGAUGGUGGAUGGAGCUGUGAAGAAGCUGAAUAGACUCUGGAAAGAGAAUCCUGGUCUGGUGGAUCAGUACCUCUCUGUCAUCCUUGGCCUUGAAGCCAACCAAGGGUAUGCGGCUAUGCUGGGCCUGCUGGUGCUUUUCUGUACCAAACAGAAAGACGUUGAUGCCAUUAACAGGUACAAGAGCUCUCUCCUGGAUUUCUACAUGAAGACCAUCCUGAUGAGCAAGACCAAACCGCAGAAACACCUCCUGGACAACUGUGCUCCUCUGCUCCGGUAUGUGUCUCACUCUGAAUUCAAGGACCUCGUCUUGCCGGCUUUGCAGAAGUCCCUCUUGCGGAGCCCUGAGAAUGCCAUUGAAACAAUUUCCUGUUUGUUGGCCUCUGUAACCCUUGACCUCAGCCAGUAUGCUCUGGACAUAGCAAAAGGACUGGCCAGCCAAUUGAAAUCCAAUAGUCUUCAGCUGAUGGACGAAGCCAUAGUAGCAUUAAAGAAUUUGGCUCGGCAGUGCAGCGAUCCUUCCACGGUGGAGUCCCUUGGGAAACAUCUCUUUGCCAUUUUGGGUGGUGCCGAAGGGAAACUGACGGUUGUGGCACAGAAAAUCAGCGUUCUCUCAGGAAUUGGCAGUUGCAGCCAUCAUGCAGUCUCUGGGCUCUCCAACCAAACUGUAAGCGAGGCCAUGGUGGAGCUUUUCAUCCCUUUUCUGCAGCAGGAAGUCCACGAAGGCACUCUGGUGCACGCCAUCUCUGUCCUUGCGCUCUGGUGUCAUCGGUUCACCACCGAAGUGCCAAAGAAGCUGGUUGAGUGGUUCAAGAAAGCCUUUGGCCUGAAGACCUGCACUUCGGCAGUGAGGCACGCCUAUUUGCAGUGCAUGCUGGCUUCGUUCAAAGGCAAUGUACUGAUGCAGGGCGUUGAGUUGCUUCCAGUGAUGCUCCAGACGGUUGAAAAGGCGGUGGCGCAGAACACCCAGGUCCCCCUGGUAACAGAAGGUGUUGCGGCAGCUUUGCUGAUUUGCCGGCUCUCUGUUGCUGACUCACAGAUCGAAAACAAGCUGACCAACUUCUGGCAGCUCAUUCUGGAUGAGAAAAAGCAAGUGUUCACUUCCGAAAAGUUCCUGCAGUGUGCGUCAGAGGAAGCCAUGUGCACGGUUUUACAGUUGACCGAGCGUCUUCUUUUGGACCAUGAGCAUCGACUGCCUGGUGCUAAAAUCCAGCAAUACUACAAAGCCCUGGCCGCCGUUCUUCUCAGCCGGGCCUGGUGUGUCCGAAGGCUGGCCCAGCAGACUGUUAGAAAGCUCCUGGCUUUGCCCAGAGGGUUCAACUUGGCCUAUGGCCUUUUAGAAGAACUGACAGCGGUCCUCAGUUGUCAUAAGGUGCUUCCCCCUGAGACCUUGCUCACUGAGACAGGAGAGUUGUCAGAACAAGGCAAAAUGUACAUCCCUCCUCGGAUCAUUCAGGAAACGUUGUGCGUGAUCGCAUGCAUGCCAUGCCUGGAAGGGGAUCGGGAGGAGAAGGAAAACUUAGCUUUGGAAAUGUUGCUAGUAAGCAACCACCCGUCUUUAGUUGCAGUCCACUCGGGCCUUUGGACAGCCCUCCUGAUCAAGAUGAAGCUUGAACCGGUGGACUUCAUCACCAAACACCUGGACAAAAUCUUUAGCCGAAUUACCAAUCAGAGCCCCAUGACUGAGUCGGCCUUGAAUGCGGUGGGCAUGCUUUCGGUCCUCUCGCCAGGCAGAGUCCUCCCCCAGGUGAUCAGCACCAUCUCGGUCUCUUUGGAAAACCCAGCCCUGUGCCUGGUGACCCAGGAGGAGUUUGCCAUCAUGAAGACGCCGGAAGGGGAGCUGUAUGACAAAUCCAUCCUGCACAGUGCCCAGCAGGAUAGCCUGAAGAAGGCCAACAUGAAGAGGGAAAACAAGGCCUACUCUUUCAAGGAGCAGAUCAUUGAGCUGGAGCUGAAGGAGGAGAUUAAGAAGAAGAAGGGCAUCAAGGAAGAGAUCCAGCUGACCAGCAAACAAAAGGAAAUGCUGAAUGCGCAGCUGGAGAAGGAGUCUCAGACCAGGAAGCAGUUGAAGGAGCUCGACAAUGAGUUGGCGUCAAUGCUGGGUCUUCUGGAGGCCGUUGUAGAAAGGAAUCCCCCGGGUCUCUCCCAGUACAUCCCCGCUCUCAUUGGGUCCUUCCUGCCACUGCUCAAAUCCCCGCUGGCUGCUCCAAGGGUUAAGGGCCCUUUCCUGUCUUUGGCUUCCUGCGUGAUGCCUCCGCGCCUGAAGACUUUUGGUACCGUCACAUGCCAUGUGACUUUGCGGAUGAUAAAACCCAAAUGCGAUUUGGACGAAUCCUGGUGCCAGGAGGAUCUGCCUACAGCCGUGAACAGAGUGGUGAACUUGCUGCAUGCGCACACAGUGCCGGGACGGAUGAGCAGAGGAGAAACAGCUCCCCAUCCAUUGCCAGCUCCAGGAUUUUCCUUGGUCUUCCCACUCUUGAAAAUGGUGCUACUUGAGAUUCCCAAUGACAGUGAAGAGAAGGAGGAACUCAUGGUCAAGGUCCUUCAGACCAUCACUGUUCACGCUCAGCUGAGGUCUUCCAACAAUAACCAGAACUUGCUCGUGGACGAGAAUGGUCCUGAGUUACUUCCUCGCACAGACAUGCUUCGGCUUUUGGCAAAAGUGAUUGGAUCGGGCACUCCCCGUUUGCAGGUGUUGGCUUCUAAUGCGCUCACAGCCCUGUGUGCGAGCAGCAGCGGAGAAGACGGGUGCGCCUACGCGGAGCAGGAGGAAAUUGAUGUGCUGCUCCAGGCCCUUCAGUCUCCCUGCAUGAAUGUCCGGGAUGCAGCGCUCCAGGGCUUGAUGGAACUGCAGAUGGUGUUGCCCACCCCAGACAGCGACGAGAAGAAUGGGCUGACCCUCCUGCGCCGUCUCUGGGUGGUGAAGUUUGACAGAGACGAAGAGAUUCGACGAUUGGCAGAGAGGUUGUGGGAGUCGAUGGGCUUGGAGCUGCAGCCCGAUCUCUGCUCCAUCCUCAUCAAAGACGUCAUCCACUAUGAGGAGGCGGUGCGUCAGGCCGGUGCGGAGGCGCUUUCCAAGAGCGUUGAGCUGUAUCAAAGCCAAACCAGGGACGUGAUGACCAAACUUAUGGAGAUUUAUCAGGAGAAACUCUAUAGGCCUCCACCUGUUUUGGAUGCUUUGGGACGUGUCAUCUCAGACUCUCCGCCUGACCAAUGGGAAGCCAGGUGUGGCAUUGCCUUGGCCCUGAACAAGCUCUCUCAGCACUUGGACGGUUCCCAGGUGAAGCCUCUAUUCCAGUUUUUUGUGCCGGACGCCCUGAACGAUCGUCACCCUGAGGUCCGGAAGUGUAUGCUGGAUGCGGCCCUCUCCGCCCUGAAUACCCAUGGCAAGGACAGUGUCAAUUCCCUCCUGCCUGUGUUUGAGGAGUUCCUCAAGAAUGCCCCCAACGAUGCCAGCUACGAUGCCGUCCGGCAGAGCGUGGUCAUCCUGAUGGGCUCUCUGGCCAAACAUUUGGACAAGAACGAUCCCAAAGUGAAACCGAUUGUGGCCAAACUGAUAGCGGCACUUUCUACUCCGUCCCAGCAGGUCCAGGAGUCGGUGGCUAGCUGCCUUCCUCCUCUGGUCCCGGCCAUCAAGGACGACGCGGGAGGAAUGAUCCAGAAGCUGCUGCAGCUGCUUCUGGAGUCGGACAAAUACGCUGAGCGGAAGGGAGCUGCCUAUGGACUGGCCGGCCUGGUAAAAGGGUUGGGCAUCCUCUCCCUCAAGCAGCAGGAAAUGAUGGCUAAGCUGACGGACGCCAUCCAAGACAAGAGGAACUUCCGGCGGCGAGAAGGGGCAUUGUUUGCCUUUGAGAUGCUCUGCACCAUGCUGGGGAAGUUGUUUGAGCCCUACGUGGUCCACGUCUUACCCCACUUACUGCUCUGUUUCGGAGACGGGAAUCAGUACGUCCGAGAGGCCGCAGACGACUGUGCCAAAGCCGUGAUGAGCAACCUGAGUGCCCAUGGAGUGAAGUUGGUGCUGCCGUCCUUGUUGGCGGCCCUGGAGGAAGAGUCUUGGAGAACUAAAGCUGGGUCGGUGGAACUGCUGGGGGCCAUGGCCUACUGCGCUCCCAAGCAGCUCUCCUCCUGCUUGCCAAACAUCGUGCCAAAGCUCACAGAGGUGCUCACCGACUCCCAUGUGAAGGUCCAGAAGGCCGGGCAGCAGGCGCUUCGGCAGAUUGGAUCGGUUAUCAGGAACCCUGAGAUCUUGGCCAUUGCACCGGUUCUGCUGGACGCCUUGACAGACCCUUCUCGAAAGACCCAGAAGUGCCUCCAGACCUUGCUGGACACCAAGUUUGUCCACUUCAUAGAUGCGCCUUCCCUGGCCCUCAUCAUGCCCAUUGUCCAGAGGGCGUUCCAGGAUCGUUCCACGGACACCCGGAAAAUGGCUGCCCAGAUCAUUGGGAACAUGUAUUCUCUGACGGAUCAGAAGGAUCUGGCUCCUUACCUGCCCAGCGUGACCCCUGGGUUGAAAACCUCCCUGCUGGACCCCGUGCCUGAGGUGCGCACCGUCUCGGCCAAGGCCCUGGGAGCCAUGGUGAAAGGGAUGGGCGAGUCUUGCUUCGAGGACUUGCUGCCUUGGCUGAUGGAAACCCUGACGUACGAGCAGAGUUCGGUGGAUCGGUCAGGAGCCGCGCAAGGUCUGGCUGAAGUCAUGGCUGGCUUAGGGGUGGAAAAACUGGAGAAGCUUAUGCCGGAAAUCGUGGCCACUGCAAGCAAAGUGGAUAUCGCCCCUCACGUUCGGGAUGGCUAUAUUAUGAUGUUCAACUACUUGCCUAUUACCUUUGGCGAGAAGUUUACACCUUACGUUGGCCCUAUCAUACCUUGCAUCCUUAAGGCACUAGCAGAUGAGAACGAGUUUGUGCGAGACACAGCCCUGCGUGCUGGACAGCGGAUCAUCAGUAUGUAUGCGGAGACCGCCAUUGCCCUCCUCCUGCCUCAGCUGGAACAAGGCCUCUUUGAUGACCUUUGGAGAAUUAGGUAUAGCUCCGUUCAACUGCUCGGAGACCUCCUCUUCCAUAUCUCUGGAGUCACUGGGAAAAUGACAACAGAAACGGCCUCUGAGGAUGACAACUUUGGGACAGCCAAGUCCAACAAAGCGAUCAUCAGUGCGCUUGGAGUGGAGCGGAGGAACCGGGUGCUGGCCGGCUUGUACAUGGGCCGCUCGGAUAACCAGCUGGCGGUGCGGCAGGCCUCCUUGCACGUCUGGAAGAUUGUCGUCUCCAAUACGCCUCGCACGCUGCGCGAGAUUUUGCCCACCCUCUUUGGCCUGCUCUUGGGAUUCUUAGCCAGCACCUGCGCGGACAAGAGAACAAUUGCCGCACGCACGCUGGGCGACCUUGUCCGAAAGUUGGGUGAGAAGAUUCUUCCAGAAAUCAUCCCCAUUUUGGAGGAAGGGCUGAGGUCCGAAAAGAGCGACAAGAGGCAAGGCGUUUGCAUUGGCCUGAGCGAGAUCAUGAAGUCCACCAGCCGGGAUGCGGUCUUGUGCUUCUCCGAGUCCCUGGUUCCCACCAUGCGCAAAGCCCUCUGCGAUCCUCUGGAAGAAGUCCGGGAAGCAGCGGCCAAGACCUUUGAGCAGCUUCACUCCACAAUCGGGUACCAAGCUCUGGAAGACAUCCUGCCUUACUUACUGAAGCAGCUGGAGUGCGAUGAGACAUCUGAGUUUGCUCUGGAUGGCCUGAAGCAGGUGAUGGCUGUGAAGAGCCGGGUGGUGCUGCCUUACCUGGUGCCAAAGCUGAUCUCCCCUCCCGUCAACACGCGGGUCCUGGCUUUCCUCUCUUCGGUGGCUGGCGAUGCUCUCACCCGGCACCUGGCUGUCAUUUUACCCGCCAUGAUGUCGGCGCUGAAGGAGAAGCUUGGGACAGCCGAGGAACAGCAGGAGAUGUCCAACUGUCAGACUGUCAUCCUCUCUGUGGAAGAUGAGGCUGGGCAGAGGAUCAUCAUUGAGGAUCUCCUGGAUGCCACCCGGAGCCCCGAGGUGGGGAUGCGUCAGGCGGCGGCCGUCAUCCUCAACAUCUACUGCUCCAAGACCAGAGCCGACUACACGGCCCACCUGCGCAACCUGGUUUCAGGCUUGAUCCGGCUCUUCAAUGACUCCAACACCGUGGUCUUGAACGAAAGUUGGGAUGCGCUGAAUGCCAUCACUAAGAAAUUGGAUACUGCCAACCAACUGGCUCUUAUUGAGGAUCUCCACCGGGAUAUUCGCAUGGUGGGGAAUGACGUCGGUGGAGGGCACCUCCCUGGAUUCUGCAUUCCUAAGAAGGGCGUGACCUCCAUCCUUCCUGUGCUGCGGGAAGGAGUCCUGACAGGCAGCUCGGAGCAGAAGGAGGAGGCCGCCAAGGCGCUGGGCCUAGUGAUCAAGCUGACCUCGGCUGACGCCCUGAAGCCUUCUGUCGUGAGCAUCACAGGGCCCCUCAUCCGCAUCUUGGGCGACCGCUUCAGCUGGAACGUCAAGGUGGCCCUGCUGGAAACGUUGAGCCUUUUGCUGGCCAAGGUGGGCAUUGCCUUGAAGCCGUUCUUGCCUCAGCUGCAAACCACCUUCACGAAGGCCCUGCAGGACCCCAACCGCGUGGUACGCCUGAAGGCGGCCGAUGCCCUGGGGAAGCUGAUCAGCAUCCACGCCAAGGUGGACCCGCUCUUCACGGAAUUGCUGAACGGCAUUCGAACCAGCGAGGACUCUGGCAUCAGGGACACCAUGCUGCAGGCAUUACGCUUUGUGACCCAAGGGGCCGGCGCCAAAGUGGAUGCCGCCGUCCGGAAGAACAUCACCACCGUGCUCCUCGGCAUGCUGGGACACGAUGAGGAUGCCACCCGCAUGGCCUCGGCCGGCUGCCUGGCGGAGCUGUGUGCGGUUCUGACCGACGACGAACUCGGCAACGUUCUCCAGAAUCAUCUGCUAGCGGAUGUCUCUGGCGUCGACUGGAUGGUGAGGCACGGACGCAGCAUGGCGCUUUCGGUGGCGGUCAACGUGGCUCCGAGCCGAGUCUGUGCCCCCAAAUUCAGCAACAGCGUCCACGAGAUGAUUUUUAGCAAUACCCUUGCUGACCGGAUCCCAAUUGCCAUUAGUGGCCUCAGAGGGAUGGGUUUUCUUAUGAAGUAUCACAUAGAGUCAAACGAGGGGAACUUGCCUCCCAAACUCUCCACUCUUUUCAUUAAGUGUCUCCAGAACCCUUCCAGCGACAUCAAACUAGUUGCGGAAAAGAUGAUUUGGUGGGCCAACAAAAGCCCGCUCCCGCCCUUGGAGGCCCAGGCGGCAAAGCCCAUCCUCAAGGCCCUCUUGGACAACACGAAGGACAAGAACACCAGCGUCCGGGCCUACAGUGACCAGGCCAUUGUCAACCUCCUGAAGAUGCGAGAGGGAGACGAGCUCCUGCAGGCUGUCUCCAGGAUCCUGGAUGCCGCCAGCCUGGAGCUGCUGAAUGAGAGCUGCCGCCGCUCCCUGAAGAAGCUGGCCAGCCAAGCCGACUCCUUUGAACAGAUUGACGACACCAUCCUGACGUGAGCCAAGCCCGCCCUGGGACCCGCCGCAACUGGCCUCAGAGUUACAAACCUGACGGAGACGUUUUUAUUUUUGAAAAUGCUAAUACUGAUGGGAGCCGACUUUAAGGGAAAAGGGCUUCCAAGUAUUUUAAUAAAGAAAUAUACCAGAAUAGCCUUAAUUAGAGUUCUGCUUAAAAGAGGUGGGGAAAAAAGAAUGGAUUUCCCCCUCCCCUUUUUGGAAAUUUGGUGGUUGGUUCGGUGGGCGUUUCUCCUCUCUGGGCUCAAAGCGCUGUUUCUACUCUGCAUCAAGUGGGGGUUGUAAUCCUGGGAAAGUCAAGCGGUUUGUUGUGGCUCUGAAGGCGGACGCUUCUGCAAAUCAAACUAUUUCAAGAGCCUUGGAAAUUUAGAGGCAAAAGGGGGAUGAAAAGCAAGCUGUUUGAUUGGCAGUUUAAUAAUAAAAAAUACUUUGAACGUUA